AUGGAUGACAUUUUAGAAAAUAACACGUUAGACGUGUCGUGUCCACAACAAAUGGACUGUCAGUCCAUGUCUGAAGUUAUGGACCCCGUAACAGAUAGCAUACAAGAGGAGCCCGUCUCUGCUGAAGGCCAGCACGAGCAGACUGAUGAGCCAUCCCCUUCUCACACGUUGGAUGGUGCCAUGAUAUCCGAACUGCGAGCCAUGGAACAGAAGUUGGCUGAUAAGGAUCAACAUUGUCUCAUGCUUGAGCAGCAGCUGAUCCAAGCCAACCGUCAAGUCGAAACUUGUUAUUAUCAGAUGGAAGCGAAUGAAGACCAACUACAGCAGUAUGCAUCUGAGUUGUCUUCGUUGCAAGCCGAGUUAGAACGCCGAGAUGUAGCACUCGAAAAAGCUCGACAUGACGCCGAACGCCUAGAGGUGUUACAAUCAGAGAGACAACAGCUAAGCGAGAUGGUAGCUGGAUUAACCCGUGAGCUGGAUAUAAAAAUCCGAGAUGCUAAUCUAUCAACGGCCUCGGUUGAAAAUCUAAAACAACUGUUAUCCGAGGUUGAGAGUGAAAAAUCUCGUCUUGAGGAACAAAUGCAAGCAGUAGAAAGCGAGCGUCAGGCGCAUAAACUAAAAGCCUCGGAGAUGUAUGAGUUGUACCAACAAUUACGUGAUGAAAAUGUGACUCUCGUUGCUGAACUUAAGGAACGUGGUCUCACCAACACUGCUCCGACCGAUCAUCAUGAAACAUCGACUAAGUUACGUGAGUUGGCUGAGGAACUGGAACGUACAACAAAGCGUUGCAAGGAAAAGGAUGUUCAACUGUCUGAAUGUGAUGUCACGAUCCAAGAGCUGCAAAAUCGCCUGAAUGUUUGUGAAGCGGAGCUACGUCGAAAAGUUGAGGUUCAGACUACCUCGGAUACAACCGAUGUUACUCAGGAAGUGCGCCUAUUAGAAGAUGAGCUACGCAUAGUGAAGAUAAGUAAUUCCGGUCUUGUGAGCGAAAUCGCAGCGCUUAAGGCACAACUCACCGAUAAGAAUGCAAGGAUAGACCAUCUGAACUGUGAGCUGAUGAUGAUUCGACAGAACCCUAGUCCCAGACGUGAACUGGAUCUAGAGGCAUAUAUGCAUCACCGUAGCAGCGGUCUAUCAUCUUCAGAGGCUGAUCGGCGGCGUAAUGGCCAUAGGGGUGUGAAGGAAGCGGUUCAUCAAGUGUUUACAACCCCCCGUUAUCGCAUGUUUUUGGUGCUUUAUACAGCGUUAUUGCAUCUGUUACUCUUAUUAACCUUACUUAAAUAG